AUGGCGCAGCAAGUUGAUUGUGAUCAUGAGGACGAUUUUAAACUCAUCAAAACAGGCAUCUUCGGAGCGAUGGCAAGUACAACCACGUGUCCAUCAAUAACAAGUUUGACUUCAAAUCAACAUAUUCCUAAUAUCGAAAAAUCGAUAGAACCUGCAUCAAUAAAAACGGACCAAACUACAGUUAAUGAAGCUCAAUUCUCAUCAUUAGUAAAUACAAAUCCUUUACCAACACGCUAUGGGGCAGCCUCAAUGAUUCCACGUGCUGACGGUUUUGAUAUGAAAUCGAUUAUCAAUAGUAGUAGUAGUAGUAGUAGUAGUAGACCGAGUCUACCAACGCAAACAAAUGAUUUCAUGAGUAUUUUAAAAGAUGAAAAAACGAAAAAGCAAUCAUACAACAACGAUCACAUUCGACAAAUACUUGCUGAUAAUAAUAAUGAUAUUAAAGCACUUCUUCAAAGCGCUAAAAAAGCUCAACAAGAUUUUCUUGAUGCCAUUAAUCUCGAUUAA